UCCAGCAGGAGCCAAGUCUGUUAUCCCUUAUAGCUUGGUCAUAAGAAAGGUACCUGAUGAAGCUCCUGUCUUCUGUGAGGAAGUUCCACCACCCAGUCAGUUUGCCAAAGAGACUACAAUUAAUCAGGAACAUGGUGGAGAAAUGCACUGGGGAACUCUUCAACUGAAAAAACAGGAUAGACAGUUUGUAGAAAUAUCUAAUAUUCAACCUACAGAAAAUGUUCAACAGUUCAAGAAAAUGCCUUAUGAUCAGGCUACUGAAGAAGUUCUACAGUAUACUGACCUUCCUAAUGCUCAACUUUCAGAAGAAAGUCGACAGUUGGUUGAGAUGUCUGGUAUUUUAUCUACUGAAGAAGUUGAACGGUUUUUUGAAAUGCCAGAUAACACUGGAGUUUCUGCUGUUGCUUUGUAUGACUACCAAGCUGCUGAUAUUGAUGAAAUAUCUUUUGACCCUGAUGAUAUAAUCACUAACAUAGAUAUGAUUGAUGAAGGCUGGUGGCAAGGAGAGUGCAGAGGUCAGAUUGGGCUGUUUCCUGCUAAUUAUGUUCAGCUUCUUAACCACUGACAUUUAGUCUAAAGAAAACUGAUUUGUAGUUACUGAACAAGCUUGAUAAAGAUAUAAGAAUAAUUUCUUUUGUUUUAGAAAUUACAUCGCUUUAUUUUUAUUUCAUAUUUUACCUGAAAUACUUUUUUGGUAGUUUGUAAUGUUAAAUUAUUCUAGUCAAAUAAUAAUGAUGAAAAUUGCAUGUACACAUGUUGAUCUUGUGUUACUUUAGACAAGUAGGAUGAAUUACAUUUUAAUACGCACACUUUUUUUAUGAGUAAUUUUUUGAAUAGAUAUGAAGACUAAGUCCAAGAAUUAAUACCAAAGGCCUUUUUUUGUUUGUUUCCUAUAAAUUUUUAUAGUUUAAAAUCAUUGUGUAAAGAUGUUUGUUUGAUAUUUAUUCUGUCUCUGAGAGCUUGCAUUUGACGCAGUGUGGACUGGCUUGACGUCUUCCAGUAAUGUACAAGAAGUGAAGUUUUGUAGGUAUUUUGUCUUAAAGAAAUUUUUAUAGUGAAAUUGAGAACUGUUAUUAAUGGUUUCCAUAAUUGUGUUUAUACAAUUUAUUACAAAAGGUAUGAAUAAUGGUGAAGAUUUUAUUUAUAAAUGUAUCUUAAGUAUUUAUUACAAAAAUAGCAAUUGUAAGAUUUUCUAUUGUAAAGUUAGCUCUCUCUCACACACUUAUUUAUUACAAAAGGUAUGAAUAAUGGUGAAGAUUUUAUUUAUAAAUGUAUCUUAAGUAUUUAUUACAAAAAUAGCAAUUGUAAGAUUUUCUAUUGUAAAGUUAGCUCUCUCUCACACACUUAGCAGUUGCUCAUAAAAUACCUCACUUCUAACUUGUGUUACACAUAGAUUCUUGUAAUAACUUAUGCAUAUUUUCCUGAGUAUGUCAUGCAAUGUGACUGAUGAGCAUAGGCAGUGAAUGUUGCAAUAAUUUAUGCAUCCUGUUUCUGCAAAUACAAAACAUUAAGAUGUAUUAAAUACAUUAUUUUAGAAAUUUCUUUGUUUAUGCAGUUACGAUAGCUUUGUUCAUAGCUAUUUUGAAAUUGACAUAUUAAAUGUGAAUGUGUUUUGCAGAAAAGAAACUUUAUAUUAAAGUAGGCUUAGAAUAGGAUACUUGUCAGUUAAACACUAUGUUUUAUAUACACUUUAACAUCUUAUGUUUGUGUUAACUAAGUUUACAUAUCCUAGUUUGAAUAAGUCUUCAUUUCUGUAAAGUGAUGUAAAUUGAUUUGAAAAAUGUUCAUAAGACUAACAUGAACAAAAUUUUUUGAAGCAUAAAUGGUAUGCGAGUUAUUAUUAGUGCUUCUAUUAAGAUCACAGUACCUAAAGCCAAUUAUUUGUGGUUUUUAAAGUGAAAGGUCAAAGCUGUACAAAGGCUUUUUAUAAGGACUCAAUCGUUUUCAUAUGAGUAUCAUUUAUGUGUAACAUAUUAGUUUAAUACUUUGAUUUUGAAGUAGGAAACUAAGGACAUAUUCUUUAUUUCACUGUCACAAGUCAACUGUUGGCUACCAACUUGGAGCAUUUUGAUCUUCAUAUAAAUUAGCUUGAUCUUUAUACCUCAUGGUAGCUUAAAAAGUGCAGGUUGUAGAAAUGUUUGAGCACUUUUGUUUUAGUGUAAUAAACACAUGUACAUAAAUGCAGCUGAUACCUGUUGGUAUAUAUAAUCACUAAACAUAUCAACUGACUGUUUGUAUAUUUGUAAUUAUCCAAGGUUUGUGUCAUUUCAGCUGCUAAAUUAAUGAGGUUUAUUUCAUCUUUUAUCUCAGUUUGUUGUGAUUGUUAUUCCAGUAGUUUUAGUGUUUUGUUAUUAUUAAUGGAACCCUAAAUGUUUAUUCACUAAUUGUUACACAACUGCAUGUUAAAUAGUUAUUGAUGUAGGUUUUAUAAAUUUAUUUAUUUUUCGCCAUGCUAGUUGAGGUUCUGUUAGUUAUAACUACCCAAUAUUGUGUUUUAGUACUAACUUCUUAAUGACUAUGAGUGAGUGUGGAGAAGAAUGGUUAUCCUUAGCCUUUUAAAGAAACGGAUACAAUGUCAUAAUCACAACAGAAAAUGAAAUAUUUUGUAUGAAGAUUUUGUAAAAUAUCAAUGUUUCAAAAAUGAAAAGGUAUUAGCAGUUGAAAUUGUAUGUAUUUCAAAUUUGGAUUUGUGUUUUCUCAUUACCAACUAAAUUAUAUCUUCUGAAUAUCAAGCCUAUGUAAAUUGUGAAAAAUAUGUGAGAUAAUAGCAAAAUGCAUUGAAGGCCAGGCUGUAGGAUUAUUUUUUCUGUUCAAUAUAUGACCUUGGUGUUCGAAAGCAAAGGUCGUGCGAGUUGAAAAUUGUAUUCGUAUGAUAUGUAUAUAUAUUAUAUCUUUCAUUUUGGAAACCAUAAUUUUACCUGACUGCUUGCAUUCUUAAAUUAGCAAAAGACGACAUUUGGUUUAUUAAACAGCCUCGAAGAACCACAGAAACAAAUACUGUGUUAUACUCAGUACAUAAAUAUAAAUCAAGUAAGAUAGAAAUGCAACUACAACAAGAUAAGAUCUGAAAAUAUAAAGAAAUGUUUAUGAGAGAACUCUCGAUGAAAGUUGUUCAGAUAAAAUUUUACGUAAUUCUUUUUUUAUGCAUACAAUAAUUUUAGUUGUUUUUUUUCGUGUUAUAAAAUUUUUUAAUGAUAGUCUCCAAAAAACAAGGAUUAUGGUGUAUCAUGUUACUGUUCAUGAAAGAGAAACGUAUACUGAUGGAAGAAUAUGAUCCAGAUUAAGAAAAGGUUAAACGUCAGCCAGGCUUAAAAAAAAAUGUUAGUCAGAUUAUUUUAAAAUUAAUGUAACAGUAAAAAUAACUGACCUUGGAUGUCAUGGUACAUAGUUUGUAAUAAUUUAAAAAAAUAUUUUGAUCAUUAGAAAGAAAUUUUGUAGCAUGAAUAAACAUUUCAUCAAAAGUGGAGUUGUGAAGUGUAUGAGUUUUGUUCAUCAGAUGACACAGUUUAAGGCCUUUGACUUACUGGGAACUUUUGAGUUACUUAAAAAGUUUUCUUGAAAGAAACUGGAAGCUGCAAUCUGGUUUUUGUCUGUGAAAAAGAAUGUAUAAAUAUUUCUUUUUAGCAUUUUGAAUAUAAUUAUUGAGUGAUAUUUUUUUUUCUUUAGCACAGUAAUGUAGUUGGUAAAAUUUUCUUCAGAUUAGAAGAAACAUUUAUAACACAUACAUUUUAUUACAUUAAUAUUUCAAAUGUGUAUGAUAACUUCUGUCUUAAAUAAUUUCUAAGCCACUAAUUUAUACCAUGUAUUAUAAGUAUUACUUACAUAUAACACACCUGUGUCAAAAGGUGAAAUAAUUUAUCUUAUAUGUAUGUUUAUUUAAAUAUUUAUGUUGUAUAAGUUUGGUGUAAAUUUUAAAUGAUGUACAUGUUAUCUUUUCUAAAGCUAGUAAGGUAUUUUUUCUUCAAGUAAAACUUUUUUAGUUAUUCUCUAUGAUUGUUAAAUGUAUUUUGUUCAGAUGUAUGAAAAUAUUUAAUAUAGAAUAAAUGUUUGAACUGAAUAAAUAAUGUAGGUUUUCAUUACCCUUUAACUUUCAUCAUGUAUCUUUCAUGUAAAUUUAUAUCCUAUUUUUACUGUGCCUUUUACUAUAUUAACAAUGAAAUAACUUCAAAACAGUUAUGAAGUGUAUAGUUAGUUUAUGUGGUAUAACCCUUAAACAUCAUAUAAAAAUGCUCUUGUCUGGAUGGGGAGAUAUGUGUUUAAUUGAGGAGGAGUGUGAAUGUUUUUCAUUACUUUUACUGGAAAAUUAGACAGCUGACAUUAGAGAACAAAAAGUUAUCAUGACCACCUAAAAACUAUGAUUUCAAGCAUUGUCGACUAGAGUUUUUCAGCUGUUCAUGAUGUGUAGGGUUUGUUAACUAAUAUGAACAUGUAUGUUUUCAUUUCUCAAUUUACUCUGCCAAGAUAUGAAACUUGAGUGCUUGAUUUAUGUGGAAAGCUGAGUUGCCUCAGAUUUUCGGAUUGAAAGAGUAUAAAGGUUUACAUAAAUCCAGAAACUUUAUCAAAGCAGCUCUGAUGUAAACUUAUCUAGGUGCUUAUUACUGUGGUAAAUGCUAAUGUUAAAAACUUAA